CAGAAGAGACAGGAAACAAAAAUUCAAGGACUAGACUCAAGAACCUGUUCAAAUUAUAAUUUUUUUUUGGACAAACAUGGAUGAUAAAUACAUGUCCAAAAUGUCACCUACUGUGGAUUUUUGUGCAGGGAUGUACCUGGUGAUAAUUGCUAUCCUGUCUAUCUUUGGGAAUGCGGCAGUCCUGGUCAGCGCAGGUCGUCGUCACGCCCAGCUCAAAGCUCCCGAGCUGCUGACAGUGAACUUGGCCAUAACAGACAUCGGCAUGGUCCUCUGCAUGUAUCCUCUGUCCAUUUCUUCAGCUUUUAACCAUGCCUGGAUUGGAGGCGACACAUCUUGCCUCUACUACGGCCUGAUGGGCAUGAUCUUCAGCAUAACCAGUAUCUUGACUCUGGCUGUGAUGGGGAUGAUCAGAUACCUGGUAACAGGAAGUCCACCCAAGAGAGGUGUCAAGUUCCAGAGGAGAAGCAUCAGCAUUGUGAUCAGUGCGAUCUGGCUGUAUGCCACCCUGUGGGCCUUGUUACCUCUGAUGGGCUGGGGCAGCUAUGGGCCGGAACCGUUUGGACUCGCCUGCUCGAUAGACUGGACCGGCUAUGGGGAGUCCCUGAACCACUCCACCUUCAUCAUGGCUCUGUCUGUACUCUGCACAUUCCUGCCCUGUCUGGUCAUCCUCUUCAGCUAUUUUGGUAUUGCCUGGAAGCUGCACAGGGCCUACCAAUCCAUGCAGAGCAAUGAUGUUCAAAAUGGCAAUGUUGAGAAGAAAAUCACUCUUAUGGCUGUGAUGAUCAGUUCAGGUUUCCUUAUUGCCUGGACCCCCUAUGUGGCUGUGAGCUUCUGGAGCAUGUUUCACUCUCAGGAGCAGGACCACAUGGCUCCAAUCAUCACCAUGUUACCAUGCCUCUUCGCUAAGAGCGCCACCGCAUACAACCCUUUCAUAUACUUCAUCUUCCAGGCUAACUCCCGGCACGAGCUCGUCCACCUCCACAAACUCAUGUGUUGUUGUUCUCAUCAGGCCAAUUCAUCUGCUGAAGGAGAGAAGCUCGAAGGCAAAAUGGUCAAAGGUUUGGACUGCACCAGUUUUGAAAGAGAAACUGAUGAAACCUGUGUGGCUCCAAUGGGAGCUCCUGACAAUGGGAGUCAGAUGAUGCCUCUGGGCUAAUACAUGUAAUGAAGUCUACCUUCUUAUUGAAUCCCUUUGUUUAAAUUGUCCAUUGAAGGAAUUUCAUAUUUAUAUGGUAAAUAUAGAAUAGUAUAGACAUCUUUAUUGUCCACUCGCGUGGACAU